AUGCCUUUCUCACCCGUCUUCUCCGAUUCAGUCACGAAAUUCGCACCUUCACCGUCAGCAGACGCGUCAACUACCAUAGCAUACGAGGAUACAGGAGAGGAAGCCAAACCAGCGAUACUACUUGUUCCCGGACUCGGGGAUGUAAGACAGAGCUACCGCUUUAUAGCACCAAAGCUCCAUAAGGAUGAGACAUAUCGAAUCAUUGUUAUGGACUUGCGAGGAACCGGUGAGAGUUCUGUUGGCUUCUCGUCCUAUACACCCGAAGAUGUGGCAGUAGAUAUGAUCGCCGUUUUAAAUCAUGCGCGUGUUGUGAAACCCGUCGUACUCGUUGGUAAUUCACUAGCGGCAGCUUCAUCCAAUAUCGUGGCUGUCAAACAUCCUGACAGAGUGCAGGGUAUAGUCAUAUUAAACGGAUUGGUAAGGGACUUGCCAGCUGAUAAGUAUUUUCGUCCGAUAAGUGGUCCACUGUUCUCGUCUUUCUGGGGUGUAACUGUAUGGAUUACGUACUGGAAAACCUUAUUCACCGAUCGAUCAAAAAAACCCGCAGACUUUGAACAGUAUGCCAAUUCUUUGAAGGAAAUGCUUCGAGGGAAAGGGAAAUUAGCUGCAAUGGUUGCAUUCAUAAAGGCAACGAAACAACCAGCAUGGAGCUUGGUACCAGAAGUCCAAGUACCUGUAUUGUUGAUAUAUGGUGAUAAAGAUCCCGACUUUUCGGAUGCAGCGGCAGAACCGAUGCUGCUGGAAGAGAGCUAUAAGAAAUCUCCAAAGAUUGAGGCUUCUAUCAUCGAAGGGCUUGGUCAUUAUCCGCACGUUGAGGAUCCAGAGAGAGUGUAUAACCACAUGAAAGAAUUUUUAGAUAAAUUGCCCUUGGCUCGUUCAUGA